CAGUGUCUCCAAACAUUCUACUGAGGAAUCAGCUUAUACUGGAUGUCAAGUCUGGUCUGGUCAGGUCAAGUUAACCUGAUGCCAUGCUGGUGGAAAGCUGACCACAUGGAGGAGUGUCUACGCAGUAUUGUGGAGCCUGGGGCCCCAGGAAGCUCCACCACAGAGAUGGGACUUAAAAGGCUCUCCUUUGCAUACAAAGGUCUAAUGGAGAUUCCAUAUGACACCAUUCUGGAGCAGCGGGACACCCUUGAGGUCCUGGACCUCAGCUACAACCUGCUGGAGGACCCGGCUCUUCUUGGAAAGCUGGAGAAACUGAGCACUCUUAUCCUGGAUGGCAACAACUACAGCACUCAUGUAAAAUUUCCCUACAUGCCAAGUCUCACAACACUGUGGAUCAACAAGAACAAAAUCAGCAACCUACCCAUCAUAGUUGAAGAAAUUCGCUGCAAGUUCCCCAAUAUUAAAAUAUUAAGUAUGAUGAACAAUGAAGCAGCUCCCAGUUACUUUAAUGGAGGAAGUCUGACCCAGUACCUUGACUACAGGCUCUAUGUUAUUAGUCAGAUUCCCAGUCUUUUGGUGCUGGAUGAUACUGAAGUGCAGGAGAAGGAGCAAGCACAAGCCAGAAAGACAUACAGAAUGCACAGAAGCAGAGAGGGCAGCAAGAAAAACAAAGAACUUCAUCGAUGAUGACUGAUUCAUCUUAUGUCAUUUAACUUUAUGCCAAGCUCGACAUGCACAGCUAAAAUCAAUCCAAGUAUUAAUUUGAUGCCACAGAUCUGAUCCCACUAAGCUAUAUGCCAAGCAGAUAUGUAUUCCUUGCUACAGCUAAGAACUAUUUUAGUGUUAAUCUUAUGCCACUGAUGUGGGUGCCACUAAACCUUGACAUGAUGUGACAUUUUUGUAGUUAAAAGUUUAUUGUGGUUCAUUGGUUCAAUUGGCAAAAUAUUUAUACUAUAUGUCAUUUGCUCUUUAUGGUGUUUUUUUUUUUUCUUUUUUUCAUUCCAUUUUUCUUCAUUAAAAUAAAACAAAACAAUAAUGAAUAAUAAUGAUGUUCCAUACAUUUUCAAUAGAAAACUGACCGAACAGGCAUUUCAAUAAAAGGCUGCCUGAGGAGGGCCCAAACUAACACACACCCCCUCCGAAACAUAUGCAGUAGCCAAUUGUAGCCGACCUUAGGCAACUGCUUCUUGUUUCAGAAACUUGUUGCCACUUGCUCACUUUCAGAAAAAUAACAUGCAGUAGAAUUAAUAAAGAAUCAUUUUGGGAGCCAAAAUUAGUGGUGAUUCGAGUCUCAACUUUGGAGGAUGCAUGACCCAUCAUGUAGACAUAAAAGACAGUGGACUAAAACAGUGCAUUAUGAUGUUAAUACAAUAUGAGAAUAUUACUUUGUGUACCACAUAUUAAUGUGGAGCUGAUGUUGAUCACUAUGUUCUUUUACAACCAUUGUCCAACGUUCAACAAUCAUUGUCCAAGUGCAGCCAAACACAGACCAAUGUUGUUCUGACAUUGACAGUGAUAACAGUCACCCCAUUCUGUUAUUUAUUAGAUUAGCAAACAUUAUCUAGCUAAAUAGUAACUGCCUGAAGCAUCUGACAGUAACU